AUGGCCACUGAGAUGAGUUCCAGCGAUUAUUACAACACCAUCGAUCUGGAAAAUGCAUUCAGCUGUGUGGCAUGUGAUAAGCCGGAUUCAGCCGACAAUGUUGUCGCUUGCGAUCGGUGCUCCAAUUGGUGGCACUUUUCCUGUGCCGGAGUAGGAGCCGAUAUUAAGCAUCAAGCUUGGGUGUGUGCAAAAUGCCUUCCGACAAAAACCGCUUCCAACCGGUCCUCACCUUCCGUCCGCAGGGCAAAACUCGAGCUGGAGUUGAAGCGAGUGGAGGAGGAACAGGAGCUGGACAAACGGUAUCUUGCAAAACGAUACCAAGUGAUGAAGGAUUUGGUGGAGGAAGAUGAUUCACACAGCAGCCGGUCACAGGAAAUAGAAUUGCCGAAAGAAAAGUCGCAGCGAACUGCAAACUGGGUGGCUAGCCAAACACAUUCUGACACGGAAGGUGCAGUCGGUGGACAGAUUCCACGCGACAUCCAGAAUGUUCCUUAUGGAGAAGUGGUCACCAGGAAAGAGGAGCAGUGUCAAAAACCGAAAACCGUGCCUACCCUGCAGCAGCAACUACGCGCCUGGCAGGGAAAUGAACGACCGUCCGUAAUGCAGCUUCAAGAGCUGCAAAAUCAAUUCAAUCUGUGUCGAUUGGCAUUGACACCCCCUGCAAUUGCACAGCAACAGUUGGAAACAGCUUCAUUCCCUCCAGCUGAGAAACGAGAUGAGCCGAUAUAUCCACCCAAGCAGCAGUUGGUUCCAACAACAACAACAGUUUGUUCAUCAGGUGCAAUGGCUCAGUCAGCAAAAGCACCUUUGUUUCCGCAGCCAGUUUUACCGACUAUUUCGGAGCGAUCCGAGAACAGCGAGGAGCGAGUUAAUCAACAACUACCUGAACCUGCUGUUCCGGUUACCCAAGUUGAGUUUCCUGUCGCAAAUGUGGAGCGACGAACGAAUACUCUUGCGCCAGGUCCAUCCAAGUCACAAGCGGCAGCCCGUCAAGUUCUGCCACGAGAUUUGCCGCCGUUUUCCGGAGAUCCUGUGGACUGGCCGGUAUUCAUAAUCCAAUAUAAUUACACGACGGAGGCGUGUGGUUUCAGCGAAGGCGAAAAUAUGAUCCGCCUGCAACGAUGCCUUAAAGGAGCGGCAUGGGAAGCAGUCCGAAGCCGAUUGAUCUUACCAGCAUCGGUUCCUCGUGUCAUUCAAGAAUUGCGGAUGCGCUUUGGUCGUCCGGAUCUUUUGGUGCACUCACUAAUCGAGCGUGUUAAGGCCACUCCAUCUCCGAAAGCGGACCGACUCGAGACACUCAUCGAAUUCGGGACCGUAGUGCAAGCUCUCUGCGAUCACAUCAUUGCAGCCGAACUAACGGAUCAUCUGGCCAACCCUAGCCUGCUUAAGGAUCUGAUCGGAAAACUUCCGACCGAGUACCAGAUGCGAUGGGCCAGCUAUCGAAGGGUGCAUGAAGUGGUUAACCUCCAGACGUUUGGAGCGUUUAUGGAAGAGGUCGUGACUGAUGCCUAUAGUGUCACCACCUACAGUGCGGAAUCAAAACGACAUCCGACUAGACGAGAAAAGCACAAAGUAGAACGGAGUUUUGUGCACUCCGAUACCGGGGGGAGCUCAGCUGUAAACCCCCGGGGUACGCUCGGAAAUUCACAACGAACGAUUGCGUGUGCGGUAUGCCAAAAGUUGGGGCAUCGUGCACGAGACUGUCGUACAUUUCAACAGCUAUCUGUCGAUGAACGGUGGAAGCGGAUUCAAGAGCUGGCCCUAUGCAGAACGUGCCUGUAUGCACAUGGUCGACGACCGUGUAAUAAUAGGAAUCGCUGUGGUGUCAACGGUUGCAGUAAACGGCACCAUCCUCUCCUGCACCAGUCUGUACCGCCGAAGCCAUCCAACAACACACCAUCAAGCUCGCCCUCAGAAACUGUCAGCCAUCAUUCUACUGCUUCAUCUUUGCUGUACCGCAUAAUCCCGAUCGUUUUGUACAACGGUAACUCAUCGGUUGAUACCUUUGCAUUCAUUGAUGAAGGCUCAUCAUUGACGAUGAUAGAAACGGAGUUGGCUGAUAAACUAGGCUUGAAUGGGCGAAAGCAGCCGUUAUGCUUGAAGUGGACAAGCAAUGUUACGAGAGUGGAAAACGAAUCGAAGCGUGUUGGCUUCUCUAUUUCGGGAGCAGGUCAAACCAAGCGAUACCCACUCGUCAAUCUUCUUAUUGGACUCGAUAACCUAAAACUUGUUGUCCCUCUCAAGGCGAGAGAAGGAGGUGCUGGAGAUCCUACCGCCGUACGCACUCGCUUAGGGUGGUGCGUUUAUGGUGGUACGCGAGAUGACCAGACUCCAACGAUUAGUUACCAUGUGUGUGAGUGCCAGGACGAAACUCCUUUUGAUGAAGCUGCUAAAAGGUUUUUUGCCGUCGAAGAAGAAGGAACCAAAGUAUUUCAACCGAUUGUCAGCGACGAAGAUAAACGAGCGAUAAAAAUACUGAAGGAUACAACAAAAAGGGUCGGAGACAGAUUCGAAUCGGGGUUACUCUGGAGGUACGACUACGUAGAGUUCCCUGAUAGUUACGCCAUGUGUUUUGGAAGGCUACAGUGUCUUGAGCGAAAGAUGUUGAAGGAUCCCCUGUUAAGAGAAAGCAUCACACGUCAAAUCCGCGAGUACCAACAAAAGGGAUAUUGUCAUCGAGCAACACCUUCUGAGUUAGACACUGCAGAUGUCCGUCGUACUUGGUACCUUCCCCUCGGAGCUGUGACCAAUCCUAAAAAACCAGGCAAGGUACGGCUGAUAUGGGAUGCGGCCGCCCGAGUCGAUGGAAUAUCGCUAAAUACACUGCUGCUGAAGGGCCCGGAUCAGCUCACAUCCCUACCAGCUGUUUUGUUCAGAUUUCGCCAACAUCCGGUCGCAGUUUCGGGGGACAUAAAGGAGAUGUAUCAUCAAAUCCGCAUCCGCGAAGAGGAUCGGUCGGCGCAGCGAUUUUUAUGGCGCGACGAUCCUGAUGUUGAUCCUGAAAUUUUUGUUAUGGACUUCGCCACCUUCGGGUCAUCCUGUUCGCCUGCCACGGCACAAUUUGUCAAAAAUACCAAUGCACAGCAGUUCAUCGAGGAGUAUCCUGACGCCGUCGAAAAUAUUAUUUCCGGCCAUUAUGUUGACGAUUAUGUUGCGAGUUUUCGGAGCAUUGAACAAGCCCAGCGAAUUACCAGUCAAGUAAAGGAGAUCCACCUGAAGGGUGGGUUUGAAUUGCGUAACUUCUGCUCCAAUUGUCCACAAGUUGUAGAGCACCUAGGAGAGAUGUCAUCGGAAACAAUUAAAGAUUUGAAUCCCGGGAAAGGAGAAGCAUCCGAACGAGUUCUCGGAAUAAUCUGGGACACAGCCAAGGACGAAUUCAGAUUUCCUAUGGUUAUGCGUGAUGACAUGGCGUUCCUGAUUCAGAACAAAUCUACUCCUACGAAACGACAGAUUCUGCGAUACGUCAUGACCAUGUUUGAUCCACUAGGAUUGUUGGCUCCGUAUCUCAUUUUUGGGAAAAUUAUAAUCCAAGAGGCCUGGCGUAAGAAGCUCGGUUGGGACGAGCCAGUUGACGACGAUACUUGCGAAUUGUGGCAUCGAUGGGUUGAAAUGCUGAAGCACAUUAACAACAUAGGAAUACAGCGAAGUUACUUCUCGGAAGCUCCUCAGAACAUCGAAAUCCACACAUUUGUGGACGCCAGCGAGGUUGCAUAUUCAUGUGCAGUCUACUUCCGUUACAUCAACUCCCGAGGUGGCAGUGAGGUCGCAUUGGUGGCCGCUAAGACCAAGGUUGCCCCGCUCAAACCGUGGACUAUACCCCGCUUGGAGAUCCAAGGAUGUGUUCUAGGCGCUCGUUUGACACAGUUUGUCGUUCAAAACCAUUCACUGCGAGUUACGAGACGCUGUUUCUGGACCGAUUCAAGCACGGCUCUGAGCUGGAUCCUGGAAGACCCCCGGAAAUAUCACCGCUUCGUGGCAUUCAGGGUCGCAGAAAUCCUGGAGUUGACCAACCGGAACGAAUGGAGAUGGGUCCCGUCGAAGCAGAACCCUGCCGACGAAGCAACAAAGUGGGGAUCAGGCCCUUUCUUUAAAGUGACGAGCAUCUGGUAUAGUGGACCGGAAUUCCUGAGACUGUCCGAGGAUCGAUGGCCAGUCAGUAAAGUGGUAUCGACGACUGAAGAGGAACUACGGGCGUGUUAUUCACAUCAUGAUGUGCCCUUUUUCCCACCUGUUAUUGACUAUCGUCGCUUCUCAAAAUGGUGCCGAAUUCUACGAACAACAGCAUACGUCCACCGUUACAUUGCCAACAGACAAUUGCCUCCUGAACGUCGCAACUUAGGCUGUCUUACGAGAGCAGAACUGCAGAAGGCUGAACGUUCUUUGUUUAUGUUGGCCCAACGCGAAGCAUAUCCCGAUGAAGUUGUAACCCUUAAAAGAAAUCUAAAAUUGCCGAAGAAGGAUCAAAUAUGUAUUGAAAAAUCCAGUCGAAUCUAUCAGCUGACCCCGAGUAUCGACGAGUACGGGGUUCUUCGUCUCGACGGAAGAAUCGCUGCAGUAAAAGGUGUUAAGAAGGACGCAAAGUUCCCGGUGAUACUUCCCAAGGAACACUGGAUUACCUUUUUGUACAUCGAUGAAUUGCAUCGUAGAUUUCAUCACGCCAACAACGAGACCGUGGUUAAUGAAGCACGGCAACGUAUUCACGUACCAGCACUACGAUCUUUGGUGAGAACAGUAGCGAAGAAAUGUCAACAGUGCGCUGUUUACAAGGCUCGACCAGCUAUUCCCAGGAUGGCACCGCUACCGGUGGCCCGAUUGUCGUCGCAAGUCCGUCCCUUUUCGAAUGUAGGGCUGGACUACUUUGGUCCGUUAAUGGUGCGAGUCGGAAGGAGUAACGUGAAAAGGUGGGUAGCUCUCUUCACGUGCCUUACGGUGAGAGCCGUCCAUCUAGAACCUGUUCACAGCUUGACUACCGAAUCCUGCAUUGCUGCUAUACGCCGAUUCAUCGGCCGAAGAGGUGCCCCAGCCGAAGUGCACAGUGACAAUGGGACGAACUUCCAGGGUGCCGAGAAAAUACUUCGUCAACAAAUCAACUCCGGUGUUGAAGCCACAUUCACGAAUACUACCACAACGUGGCAUUUCAUUCCCCCGGCUGCUCCCCAUAUGGGUGGAGCUUGGGAAAGGAUGGUCCGGUCCGUCAAGCAGGCGUUGUUGGACGCAUACCACGAUAAACUGGACGACGAGAAACUGCAAACACUACUGGUUGAGGCCGAAUCCAUCGUCAAUAGUAGACCGUUGACGUAUUUGCCGUUAGACUCCGCGGAGAGUGAAGCGAUUACCCCAAACCACUUCCUGCUGGGUAGUUCCGAUGGAGUAUGUCAGCCGAUCGUUGAAACGGAAUGCAGCAGCAAACUACUUAGCUACUCAUGGAGUCAGCUUCAGAAGCAGUUGAAUACGUUCUGGAAGAGGUGGACUCUUGAGUACCUGCCAACUCUGACGAAACGCACUAAGUGGUUCGGGGAGACAAAACCGAUCGAAGCUGGAGCCCUAGUAGUACUGGUAGAGGGCAGUAGGAGAAAUGGUUGGACCCGAGGUAGAGUCUUGCAGCUGAUAACAAACCCGGAUGGUAGAUGUCGCCAAGCGUUAGUACAAACUCGAGAUGGAGUAUUUCGUCGACCGUUGUCUCGCCUAGCAGUCCUGGAGGUUGGAGAUGGUUGCGGAACCGAGUCUACCGGAUUCCACCGGGGGGAGGAUGUUGCGGCAAGAGUGGAGAAAACCGAGUGCUGCCUGUAG